ACUGCCUAAAUAGUUAAUUCAUUUGAAGUAUAAAGGUUAUCUGUGAUGUAACUCAUCUAAUGUAACAUGACUCUUCAAAUCACACGUUAUCUCUUGAUAAAAUGUUCGGCGAUUUAAAAACAAUAAGUUAGUUUGCGGAAAUUACAAUUUUUUUAAAAGUACCGCUACAAACAUGUGUACUUUAUUUUUGCUGAUAGUGUUAACAAGUGUUAAAAGUGUGCUUUGUGCCAAUAUUUUAUACGUAUCGUCCAUCCCGUCUCCUAGCCAUCAUAUAUGGAAUGGUGUUCUUACCAUGGCACUGGUCAAACGAGGACAUAACGUAACCCUUGUAGAUCCUGACAUAGAUAAAUUGCCAAAAUCUGAUAAUUACACCCAUAUCUUCCUAGAAGGAGUGUAUGAAAGUUUGGACAUCAGUUACGACUUAAAUGACAUGGCAAGUUAUAGUCCAAUACGAAUGAGUAUAGAAUUUCAGAAUUGGUGUACUUUUGGUUGCAAUAAAAUUUUGCGAUCUGAAGGACUCCAUAACUUACUGAAUUAUCCUCCAGAUUUUAAAUUUGAUCUUAUUAUAGUUGACGUAACUUCAGGCCCUUGUUUGUAUCCCUUAAUACACAGAUUUAAAUACCCACCUACAAUUGCCGUCACUGCUUUUCUUUUACCGUCAUAUGUAUCAUACAAUUUUGGUAACAACAUGUACCCUACGUCAAUUCCUUGGUAUGGUCUUCCCUAUACUGCAGAUAUGAAUUUCGUUGAAAGAACUUUUAACGUCUUGUACAUGUAUAUCGAUACAGCGUCCCGCUAUUUAAACCAAUAUAGACGGGAGCACGACAUAACGAAGAAAAUCUUUGGAGAAAAUAUACCUUCUAUGGAAGAAUUUGAGCGUCAUAUGUCUCUCGUAUUAACUAACACUGAUCCAAUAUUAGAUUAUCCGCAGCCACUCGCACCCAAUUUUAUAUCUGUAGGAGGUCUGCAUACUCACCGUUCCAAUGAACUGCCUCCGGAUCUGAAAACAAUUCUGGAUAAUGCUAAAAAUGGAGCCAUUAUUUUCUCACUAGGAACAAAUAUACGUUCUGACAAACUGGAUAAACGUACACAAAGGGCACUCAUAGAUGCUUUUAGUAAAAUUCCAGAAACAGUUAUUUGGAAAUUUGAAAGUGACAUUGAAAAUCUCCCGAAAAAUGUCAUCGUUAGAAAAUGGUUACCCCAAAACGAUGCCUUAGGGCAUCCUAAUGUCAAAUUGUUUAUUGGUCAUGGCGGAGCCUUAAGCACACAAGAGUCGUUCUAUCACGGAGUACCAAUGAUUUGUGUCCCAUUUAUUGUUGAUCAGCAUAUCAAUGCAAAAUUGAUUAUUGAAAAAAAAUUAGGUCUUUCAAUAGACUUCACCCGAAUUACAUCUGGUUAUGUUUUACAAACUGUAAGAGAAGUUUUGGAUAAUCCAGUAUAUUUUGAAAAUGUUCGAAGACUUUCCCGUAUAUACAAAGAUAAACCGCAAACAGCUUUGGAAAAAGCAGUUUUCUGGACAGAAUAUGUAAUACGUCAUGGUGGCGCUGAUUUCUUAAGCUUUCCAGGGAGAAAUUAUCCAUAUUACAAAGCUUAUGGACUAGACAUUAUUCUCUUUCUAUUAGUAAUAAUUAUUUUAUUAUUGGUAAUUGUGUAUAAGAUAAUUAACUUAGUUUUAAAUUUACUUAUAAGUAAAAGAAAAAUUAAAGUAAAUUAGUUUACUGUCAGUUUUAGGUAUAGUUUUGGAAAUUUCAUUGUACCCUAUAAAAUUUGAUUGGCAAUAACGAGACGGACAGUAGUACAAUAGCAAAAGAUAUUUACAACUUAAGUUGUCGCGUGCCGGUGAUCCCCAAAUGUUAGAAAGCAGAAUAAUCCAGGUCCGGACAGGGACCGUCGUUACUCAUGAACGGAAAUGACCAUUAUUUUAUGAGCACAACUACCUGCUAAAUGUUUUCAGACAAAUUCGAGUGAACUUGUGUGAGACAUAAAUAUUUCUUACCAUAUCCGUCUCGUUAUCGUCAAUAAAAUUUUAUAGGGUAGAAUGAAAUUUCCAAAACUAUAAUUGCCAGUAUCUAGUGAUAUUAGUUACUACUAUCCAUGGAUUUACACUACCCUGUUGAUACAAAAUACAUUGUUAUGUCUAGUUAUACAAGAUCUGUAUUUUCAUGUUGUCAUGUAUAAACAUGAAUAAAUCAUUGUUAUUAUUAUUAUUAUUAUUAUUAUGAAAAAUACAACUUGAAGCGCGUACUACAUUUACAAAAAGGUGAGAAACUGGGUAAGGUUCUCGAACUAGUGGAACGAGUGAGAGGAUACGUCCAAAAUCGUUUGCUACUCGUUA